AUGGACCUCAAUUACAUCAUUCGGUUCGCAGCCAUAUUGGGUUUAGUUGGCCCUGCAUUCACAUAUGUUCAAUCUAUAUAUUCUGUCCCCUGGUCAUGUAUUAACGAACGUAUUAUACCAUGCGUUCGGGAACCUUCAAGAUGUGACGAACUGAUCCUCCCUCCACAAUCAAUUGAGCUGCCAUACGGCUUAGGAUUCAGCCAGGCAGCGCUGCCCGCGGUGGCGAAGGCCUAUAACGAAAAGAUUUUUCUGGAUUAUGGACCACUUUAUGAAAUUUCCGAUGCAUAUGUACCCGUCUCUUCACCGUGUUCAUGUGUAAAAUUGGCAACACCUCUAGAACCAUCAAUUUAUUGCCUAGCUAAACCUAUUGUUUUAUAA